AUCAGACAUUUAGCUUUGAUAUUGAAUUCAGUUCUUUGUUUCACAUUCAUUAAUAUUGAUAAACUUUGUAGCUUUUUUCCUUAUUUGUUCUAUAUUCUGUAUGCAAAAGGCUACAUUAUUAUCUAUUUUGUGAUAAAGACUACAUUACAGUCUUGGAUCUCUGCACGAAAUGUUCAUUUAUCGGCUCCAGAUUUUUUCUUUACUACUAUUUGUAGGAAUUGAAGGUUCUAUAGCCAGCCCGACAAAUGCAGCCUUUUCGUCAACAAUCAUGGAAGAAGCAAAAACAUUAACAGAAGAUUCAAUCAAACAUGAUUCGCCUCAAACAAUUGAUCAAAAGGAAGAGGAAAAUCGGCACCAAUGGGACUGUACAUCCGAAUCGAACUACGUCCAAGAACAACUAGCUCUGACAUCCACACUGCUGGAAGAGGGCUACAAAAUCACACACAAACAAAAGGAUCUUGCAGCUGAUGAAGUUAUACUUGUACUAGGUAAGGCUGGAAGUGGCAAGACAAGCAUAGUGCAGUUCCUGACAGAAAAUCCAAAAUUGCAAUCGAAAAAAGUGAAAGCAGAGACCGGUGAAUUCAUAAUUGACGAUGGAGAGAAGAUUGGAACGUCAGCCACUGAAUCGUUCACACUCUACCCUGAACUGGUCAACUAUAACUCAACCAUCAACUUCUGCGAUUCUCCAGGGUUCCAUGACUCGAGGAGUUCUGCACAUGAAAUUGUUUCCAUGGAUAUCAUGAAGACGAUAACAAAAAGAUUCAAGAAGGUCAAGAUUUUACUGCUCGAAAAAUAUAGCUCGUUACAGUAUGGAUUUUCAAAAGAUAAUUUCCUCAACACUCUGCGACAUUUGAAUGAAUUUUUGGUGGAUUUCGAUAGGUUUAGAGAACACAUUGUUCUUGUUGCUACAAAAUUACAAUUUUCUUACAGAAUGACAGAUGAUGCAGGGGUUGUACCAGAGUUCAUAACAGAUGAAAUGCACAUCGACAGUAUUCUAGAAUACUUGAAUCACACCGAAAUAUCGUUGACAGAAAAGCUCUCACAGAAAAACAGUAAAAAAACGGAAGAUUUCUACCAGAAAGCUAUAAGAUUAUUGCAAAGCUUUCAGACUAGAGAUGAGAAUGGGAAAUCAAAUAGAAUAAAUGUAUUCCGCCGACCAUAUAAGUCGGGACCUUUGAAAAACAUGCCCUUGUUAGACAAGAAUAGGAAGUCACUAUCUGAAACUAUCAUGAAUUUGGAAUAUGUAGAGGUGAAAGAGAAUGAUUUCGACUUCACUUUGUCAGAUAAAGCGAAACUGUACCUGGAAUGCUUGCUGAAGUUGUCAAAUGAUAAUUAUAAAAAUAAGAUCAAUGAAUUAUCUUUCAAAUUGAAAGAAUAUGUUACUCAAAAAACUCAGAAUUACUCAAGUUUCUACCAGAUUUCGACAGAGUUAGACUUACUGUACAGUGCAUUGAGAGAUUUAUCAGGAAAUCUUGAUGAAACUAAAGAUUAUAGCCAGUUCUUUGAAAAGGUUCAGAGUUUUAUCUCUGAUCAGAAAAUUCCUUUGCAGUACAAUUAUUAUAAUAAUAGAUUACAAACUUUGGAGAAAAUUGAAGAAAUGCUUCUCAAGUUUGUUGAUACAAGUACGGUUUUUAUUCCAUCUUCAUGGACUCUCCCCAUAAAACAUCUAGUGAAAUCUGUAGAGAGUGAGUAUGAAUGGUAUAAAUCUCUCAUCAUUUACAUCGAGAAACUUUCAAGCUAUGAAACACAGAAAAACAAAACCGAAACAUACAGUGCAAUAUUUCAAAAUACGUUCACAGUGACGAGUAAUUUGAUGGCAGUUUUUAUGGAUGCUACAGGGAGCAAAAACGUUAAACAAUUUAUAGAUGCACAAGCUGAUGAUAGGAGAAAACUAGAAAUGGAAACUAUUACAAAAACUUUACUGCAGAAAAGCAAUAUCACUUGUGAUGCCAAUGGAAGAUUGAUUGUGAAAGGAUUUCUAAUUAGAUUAUCAGAAAUCAAUUCAGAGAGCUUGAUACGCUUCCACUGCAAUAACAUUACUUUGAAAGAAGUUGCCUUGCUGGCGGUUGACUCUGUAUACUUGGAUGAGGACACCAUUGAUAUGUUCCAGGAAGUGAACCUGUUUAUAGCGGCACCCAAAUGGCACGUGAUUGGACAGAGGCAAAUAGUUCUCAGUGGUAGAACAGGGAUGAAAAUUUCCGAAAAUUCCCUCAUGUUUAAUGGGAAAGAUGGAAAACCUGGACUUCCAGGCGGCAACGGGGGAAAUUUCGUUGGUAUCGGAUUGCAGUUUUCAAAUGGGGAAAAUUUGCUUGUAGAGUCUAAUGGAGGCAGAGGGGGCCCUGGAAGUAAUGGUGGGAAAGGGGAGAGAGGCACAAGAGGUGAGGAUGCUGAAAAAAAGUUGAAAUUGGGCAUUUAUGACAAAAAUUAUACAUUCACCAAAGGAGUGGAGACUGAGAAACUUGUGAACAGUUUCUCAUCAAUAAGUGAAACACAGUUUUAUGCUUCUGGUUAUCAUUGCUCAUCUUGUUGCUCUAGUUAUAAAAGCGAAAUCAAUUUGUUGAGGCAAGAUGGUGACUGUGGGAGUGAUGGAAGUAUUGGAGGGUUUGGUGGAGAGGCAGGGUUUGGAGGACUUGCAGGAGACCAACAAUUGGUUGAACUAAGUGACUCAUCUCAGAUUAGAUUUGAAAGAAGAAACGGAACUGAGGGUUCUCGUGGGAGUAUGGGUGAAACUGGAGACCAAGGCAUGAAUGGUAUUGGAAUGAUUUGCAUUCAUUUAGUUACAAAGUAUAGUAACUAUGAAUCUAAUUUGAAAUCAUACUGGAAAUGCGUGUCUACAGAUAACACAACAUGCAAUACAAGUACCGGUAGUGACAAACCUGAACAGAUUCUUGAAAGCCAGCAUUUUACAACAACAGGAAUUCAACUGCCAGCUCCUAAAAAAUCUUCUGAUUCCAGCUAUUAUUCUCUAGACUAUUCAAUCCUACUCAAACGUCACAGUAGUCACAUGAUAUUCAGUAAGAUAAUUACAGAUUUCAAUCAAGCAAUAGGAAAAAAAUUCUCCUAUGAUUUAAAUGGAAUUGGUAUGCUAUUUUUCCAGGAUAAUUCUGACUGAUAAUGCUCAGUAAUAUUAUUCAUAAUAUACAAACAUCAUCUACUGUUCAGUUACCAUAAGAGCUUAAAAGAAAUAUAUCAUGAGAAUAUAAUGUACAAAAGAUCAUUUCGAUAAUUCACGUAUUUUAUAAAUGAAUAAAUGAGAUAUCCUAUAGUAUAUGGGGCGUUUAUGUUACAAAUUUCACUGUUAAAAAAGCCAAUUUAUUUAUUAUUUAUAUACAAUGCAAAUGACACUUAUGUAAUAACAUUGGUAGAUAAAAUAAUAAGGUAGUCCUUUUGUGCUAUUUUUCUUCCAAAUUCAUAGGUGACAAAGUCCAAGAUAAGGUUAGAAUUCAAAUAGUAAUAGAAUUUUAAAUAUUUCUUUUUCGUGAAGCUAUGUGUGACACUGGUAUAGUCUAUCAUACUACUGUACCGUUCUCUCACCCGGUCAGUACUACACAGUAUAAUAGGCCUAUAAUAGACAGUAUAGAUGACAGUGAUCGGCUUGAAGUUUGGCACAUGAACGACCAAUUCACAAUGGGUGGUUAUCUUAUUAUGCUUCUUAUCUUAUUAUGGGUGGUUAUCUUAUUAUUAGUUCCUCUACAUGGUAGGAGUGGGCAUAUUCAAGCCUUUAUAGACCAAAAUCGAUAUUUUUACCGCUGAAGACAUGCAAAAAUCAUAAUAAUAUGUAUAUCCGUACGGUACCAAACCGUAAAUGACCCGUACAUACACCAAUAAAAAAGUCCAAGUGCCGGUUGCAGAACAGUCGGUUGAAUUUUAACCCUGAUUAAUUCCACGAGAACCAAUCAGAGAAGCAGUCUUUUCAAAAACGCCUUCUCUGAUUGGUUCUCAUGAAAUUAAUCACAGUUAAAAUUUAACCGGCUGUUGUGCAACCGGGCCUAAGGAAUUCAAUAAGGAAUUACCUACUUCAAUUUUCUAAUAGGUAAUCGAAUCACCACUACACUUGUAUGGAAUACAAUAUAAUGAAGCAGAGUAAAGUGAAUGAUCGAAGAAUAGCCUAUACGUGCAAAAUUAUAUAAGAGAUAUAAAAAUAGAUUAUUACAGUAGCCUACCUGGUCCUCGAAGUUUCACUGUACCGUACAUUUUUACUGUGAAUGAUGAAUUAUAUAUUUACUGUAAUUUAUAUGAUUUAUUAUAUUAUAUAAAAUAUACUGUACUUGGAAUAGACGCCUCCACCGGUAGGCCUACCCUUUGUUAUUCAGCAAUAUAAUAUGAAAUAUUUCCUGAUAUA